AUGUCUUACCGGACAUACAAUGAUUUAUGGGCACAAGCUCAAUUUAUACUAGAUGAAAUAACUAAAAAUGACUCUAACUUAUUAACAUCAAAAAUAAAUAAAGAUAAAACUGUUGUGUUUAAAGAGUUGUCUACAGUCAUGGUCAGUUAUGUGUCUAUCAUUAAUAAACUUAAUGAGUGUUAUGAUCAAGUUAUUCAACCUCAAAAACGAAUACUUAUUAGAAACAUUUUAGAAUUAUCUCUAGGACGUUAUUUAGAACUAAAAAAUGAUAUGGUAAAUUUAAAUUUUAAUGAAUUUUCCUAUUUAGAUUCAGCUACUGCACAACUAAGUUUAUUACCGCAAGAUGUAGAAUUAACAAUACCAUCACAUUAUCGAAAUGAACGGUGUAAAAUAAUUGAAUGGCAGAGCAAUUUUAUUGAUGAAGUAUUGAAAAAAACAGGUUUUUAUGAAGAAGAAAAAAUUGAAGUUGAUAUGCCUAUACGGCAAGCAAUAUUAUUGAUACAAAGACAUGAAAGAGCACGCCAGGGUCGUAUGAGGGCACAAUUUAUGAAAGAGGUUAGAGCAAUGAACAAACCUGAUGUUGGUGAUGUGGAACUUAGUGAUAAUGCAAGAAAAGCAGCAAUGAAAAUACAGAGAGUAUGGCGUGGUUUUAUAACAAGGAGAAAAAUAAGAAGUAGAGUUGUUGAAGAAAUGUUAUUGAUUGGCAUGUUACCACCAAACAAUAUUGAUACUGAAGAACAACAAAUUGCCCAAGAAGUUAAGUGUGCCAGAAGAAAUAUUCAAAUAGAUCGUCAAAAAGAGUAUGAAUUAGCAUUACUACAUGAAAAAGAAAAAGUAGUCAUUUUACUAAUUAAUUAAAUUACAUUUUGUAAAUAAUAAAAUAUGAUUUAAAAGAUUAGCGACCACAUGAAAGAAAAAAUGAAAGAAGACAUAAGAGAUGAAGUAAGAGCAUGGUAUAUGGGUGUGAAAACACAAACGGGAAAGUUUCCAGAUUUACCAACUGAAGAAAGUGGUGGAUCUGCUGUGAUUUAUACUCGAUACAAAACAGCUAGUUCGUUGAGCAAAUCAACUAGUCAAUCAUCAUCCAAAGAAACCAAAAGUUUGUUGAUAAUUUUUUAUUUUAUACAAAUAGUUAAACACAGAUGUAAAAAAUAAAUAUAAUACCUAAUAGAUAUAAGUAUUUCAAUUUUAAUAAUACAAUUUUACUAGGCCAUAAAAGCAAGUCAAUUGCAGGAAAAGAAAAUAAAGAAGAAAAAAAAAAGAAAACUGACGAAGAAGAAGCUGGUUUUAAAAUGGGACCUUCAAAUUUCCUUCAAGAACUUAUGUUAUCGUGUUCUGAAUAUGAUGAAGUUUGGAAAGGAAUGGACGAAACCAAAAACUCGAGUCAAAGCCAUAUUGAAAGCAUAGUUAAAGUACAAAAAAUAGCUGAAGUAGAACGAGAACUCCGAAAGGUAGUUAACAGAUUUUUAGUAAAAAAAUAUUAUUGUUCAAAAUUCUUUAAAUGGUUUUCAAUUUUUCUUUUUAUGUCCAUAAUUAGAUUGUUGACGUACAAUUAAGAGCUGAACUUGAAACUCUACAUAAUGCACUUGAUAAAGAUAAUGCCAUUAGAAUUAAAAGAUCAAAGAAACAGAAAAAAGUAAAAAGAAGUAGUAAAAAAACAAAGAAAAAACGUGACAAAGAUUUAACUCCUGACAGAACAGUAAAUAUUAAUAAUCUAUAG